AUGCCUGGUGUCUCCGUUCGCGAUGUCCAGGCGGACAAGUUCAUCGACGCCUACGCCGCCUUCUUGAAGCGUCAGGGAAAGCUCCCAAUUCCAGGUCCGUGAGCACCAAUAAGAAAAAAGAGGAGGAAUGCACACAGACACCACAAGCGAAAUGCCAGACCUGAAUCCCGUGUUGAACGGGGGACCAAUGUGUCAGAUAUGCUGACAUGUAGUCUACAGGUUGGUCCGACACCGUCAAGACCUCCCACGCCAAGGAGCUUCCACCGCAGAGCCAGGACUGGUAAGAUACGACACUUGAUUCUACAGCUUCCAUGCAAGAAAAACUAAUUGCGCUCUCAGGUACUACGUCCGCGCCGCUGCCAUUGCCCGUCACAUCUACAUGCGCAAGACCGUCGGUGUCGGCCGUCUGAGGAAGGUCCACGGAGGCACCAAGAACCGCGGCUCGCGCCCAUCCCACCAUGUCGACGCCUCCGGCUCCGUUGACCGCAAGGUCAUGCAGUCCCUCGAGAAGAUUGGUGUCCUCGAGCAGGACGAGGAGAAGGGUGGCCGCCGCAUCACUCAGUCCGGCCAGCGUGAUUUGGACCGUAUCGCCCAGACCACCAUCGAGCAGGAGGAAGAGGAAGAGGAUGACGAGUAA